UGAGCGGACCGCGACCGCGUACGGACCGGUUUUCGUAUCGCUUGCUCCUCGUCCUCGUCGUGUAUCGUGUUUGAGUUCUCACCACACAUCCUCAAUCAACGCAAAAACACAUCAAUUUAGAACCAGCUUAGUGUAGUGUUAGUGACAACUCCCACUCCGUGUCGGACAAAUCUACACCAAAAAAGUGCACCGAGUUCUUUUGUUAUUAAUCAUGUAGCAGCACUGCUGGGUGGGCGGGUCAAGAGGGGUAGUGCACCGCACGCAAAACAAUUUGAAGCCAGGAAGGAGUGCCGCACCCCUUCACAGCCACUUUCGAUCGAAAAGAAAGCUUGUACUGCUCGUUUGCUAAAACAAGUGUUGUUAAGUGUGAUAACCCUCCCUCGAUUGGAGAGUAGAGCGAAUCCAAAAUUCGCAAACGUGUGGUGUAAAGUGUACAAAGAAGUUACGUAUGAGUCAAAAUUUGCUGACGGCCAAUCAAUCUACGACGAAAGAGUCACACACAGUGCAAUAAGGGUAGAAAGAAGCAGUGCAAACAAGACGUCAACGCAUUCAGUGAUGUGGAUUGCGCUGCGCAAGUGUAGUGGUGACAUGUUUUUGUGAAGAGAUGUUGUGCAAUUUUUGAGUGGUGGAUUUAUCGACUUAGUGUUGUGUAGCUGAAUUGGAUGGAAUCCAAAAGUCGAAGUUUUCGAGAGUGAUUUGUCAUCAUAUUGUCACCAUAGAGGUCAAACUGCGUGAUUCGAAUUUUAGAGGCGCGUACGGAGCAGUGUGGAUGAACCGCUAGAGUUAGAAAGAGAUAUUGCCCAAUAAUGGCAGAUCCUUCAUCGGCAGCCUCAAUGCCGGUCCCAAGACCACGUCAACGACCCAACAACGCCACGUCCUCAGACAAAGUCAACAACAAUAGCUAUACACUUACCCCCAGUCACGAUGAGCCGGACUGCAUCAGUACCGGCAACCCAUCCAUUCCGUCUAUCUACCCAAAGCUGGAUCAGGAUUCCGUCCCGUCCCUAUACCGUAAGCUGGACUACGAAAACUUCGAAAUUCCUCAUCCGAAAAGCGGUGGUACCCCAAAAGUCCAGAACAACAAUCCAGGGCCAGAUGUCAGCUCGCGACCUGUUCCUGCGCCGAGGCGUACCAAGGUCGUCGUCCAGGAGGAUCAGGGAGGCUCAAGUAACUACCAGAACGUUACGCCAGCUCUGGCAACCUCCACGUCAGCCCCGACAACCGGUGCCGUAAAGAGACCUCCUCCAAGUGUGCCAACUCCACCCAGUCCCGGAAUCACGACCGUUCGCAACGAUCUUCGGGGGAAGGGCUCGGAAACGACGAGUUCACCCAAGACCAGCAGUAGCAAAAUGUUCAGCUUCGAGGGUGAGCCUCUGCCGGGGUUGGGGAAUUCGACCGAAUCGGAUGGAGUUUCGAUUGGAAGUGGCGACAGUGGGCGAAAGUACAAGACUACUUCUCCAGGGGAACUGUUCAAAUCGAUUGGGAUGACGUCGAAACUGCUGAGGGAGUCCAUCACCGAGCGGGUGACGCACAAGUCCAAGAAGGUUGCCACCAAGUUGGAUAAGAACUUCAAGAGCUGGGGAACGGAGGCUACGAGUAAAUUUAAGAGUGUCAGCAAAUCGAUCAAUAGCUUGGCGGAGGAUAAGCUGUCGCUGUCGUUGGCGCGCAAUAAGGAGGGUAAGACGAGCCGCAGUAACAGUACGACUGAUGAUCAAGAAUUUUUGGAGAGACGGCAAACCGUACCGCCGGAGAACAGUGAUCUCAUCAAGAACAUUCAGUUCAACAGUCCGUUGAACAACAAAGUUUACAACCAGGAGGACCUGACCAAGGGUUCCAGCUCCUCAUCAACUUACGACAUUCCCAAAAGUGCCAAAAGGACAAACUUUGAAGAGCCUCCGCCGUAUGCGGACUCAGCGAAGUCCAAGUCGAACAGUAGCAUGAGUUUGGCGUCGGCGUCGUCCUCGUCGACCAAUCCUCCCACGACUGGGAUAUUCUCCAGAAACACCGGACUGAGUCAGAGUUUGUACAGUAAGGUAGUGCCAAAGAAGGACCGCAAUGGAGGUUUCCCCUCGCCAGGACCCUUGCGACAGAAAAAUAAGAGUGAAUCGAAUCUGCACGAGAGUAAGUUCUACAUCGAUUCAGUACGGGAGGUGGACAUCGGAAGCAGUUCCGAGGAUUUGCCACCUCCGAAGGGCCCCGCGCCGGUACUUCACGGUAAAGAAGCUUCCGUGUCGCGUGAGAAUCCGUACGGUAAGCUGAAUAUCAUUCCUCGAUCGCCUUGCAGCAGCUCGUCGGAGGAAGAUAACAAUCUGCCGGAGAUGCUGAAGCGCAUCAAGAUACGGAAGAAAACCGAGAACUACGAAAACGUCGCGAUGGGUAGCUCUUCGGCCCCAGAUUCAAGGAGAGCUACCUGCAACUCUGUGAACCGCGUCUUUUCUCGUAGAUCAUCUUCGAUCGAUGAACUGCGCAACAACCUUAAUUUGCGAUCAGACUCGUGGAACUUUUACGACAUUAGCAAUCAGGAUGGGCGACAGGUGGAUGAGGAGGAUGGAGAUAGCUCGAGGAUAAGUACUCCAGAGCCGACUUACGCUAACGAUGCUCAGCUCUAUGGACAAAUUUGCGAGAUGGAGACGUCGCUGUUGAAACCGGAGCCGCUAGGCUCUCGACCGUCAAAGCACGAUUACGAUGAGGUUUCGAUAUCGGACAUCAUCGAUGAGUUCGAUCCGUUGGCUCAUCGACGAUCGUUGGCGGUGAUCAUGGAGAAGACUGGACAGAACGACGAGCUGGCACUGAUAGAGAACAUCUUGAGUGCGGAGUCCUAUGGGCAAAGAGUCAAACUGCAUUCCUCGGACGAAAAUCUCGCACCGGAAGAUAUGCCCAAAGAGCUGCCGAAACCACCGAAGCGAUCAGACUCACUUCUGGAGUCAUCGACGAAGGAAGAUCCUGGCCCACCGAACAAGGAUCCACCUCCAAUUCCACGACGGAAGAAAUCCCGCAGCCCCAAGAGGAGCACGAUCAUCCAUCAGAAUCUGAACCUGCCGUCGGACAGCAUGGAAAAUCUGGUGGACGAGGAGGAGAUAGAACCGUAUCUAGCAAGGGUAGAUGAAUCGGAAGCGAGUCAAGAACCGGCUGACUUGAGUUACCCAUCCAGCAGUCAAGGACCUCAAACGAGUUGGUUUGUGCCGGAUGAUGCCACAGAGCCAGAACCCGACAAGUUCCUCAAAACUACGAAUGUGAACCCGCUGAACGAGAAGAACGACAGCAAACAGGUGGAGAAGAUUCAGAAGGAACUGCCAACGGAGUUAACGCGAAUCCACGAAGACGAUUCGUACCUUCCGUCGUAUAUGGAAGCGAUCGGUGCGGUGGAUUCGGGUGAGCCUUUGCCUGGGCCUUCUUCCAGCAAAUCCAGCGUCAAGUCCAAGCUGAUGAAUGCCCUGAAGCGCAAGUCCAGUUUCAAAUCGAAGGGUGACACUCGAACGGUGCUGGAGAUGGUUCCGAAGCCACCGCUGACCGAGCGGCUAAUCAGCCAUCAAGGACAUGUGUUGAAGUUCCCAUCCGGCAUGAUCGGCGAUGUGUUCAACGAGUUGACUCCGAGAUCGGCUGUGCUGAAGGAGAAGAUCAUUCAGACCUACCAGGACCCGCAAAAAACUCAACCCAAAGAGACAUUCCACUUGAAGUUCAUUCUGAGCUUGCAGUGCGUAGUUCAACACAAGUUCAACAACGAGGGAGGGCCGGAUCUACACUGCUUUGAAAUCGUGCUGGCAUUGCCGAAGAAGGAAGGAAGCUUCGGCUCCAACCAGCAAUUGGUGACGAACCCAAAUCUGGUCAUCACGAGUAACAACAGCGGGAAUGUGAAGACCUUGAGGCAGUCAUACAUGUUCGGAGUGCACAAGCGAUCGGAUAGGAAUUUGUGGAUGGCGAAGAUAUUGCAAUCGGUGACAGAGGUGUUCCCGGAUACGUGUCUGGCGGAGUUCACCCGAGCUGGUUGGUGUUACAUGAAGAAGUCCGUUUCGUCGACCUGGAGCGGAGCUUGGUUGCUGUUGGCGAAGCGUCGGUUGUACUUCUUCAACUAUCAGGAUCGACAGCUGGAACAGCUGGACUUGCGAAAAGCACGUUGCAUCGGAGGUAUUGAAUCGGAUGAAUCGGUCCGAAACCUACAUACGGAAGCAGGGCCAUCACUAUUCAUCGAUUGUCCACCUUACGCUACGCUGUACUUCAUUAUGGCUUCGCCGAGGGAGACCCAGAUAUGGAAGAAAAUCAUCAAGGAUACGGCGCACAAGAACGGCAGCAGCUUACACAGCCAGCAGUUGACCAAGAACGACGUCCCCGUGCUGAUCGACAAGUGCAUCAACUUCAUCUACGCUCAUGGUUCGAUGUCCGAGGGAAUCUACCGCAAGUCCGGAUCAGCCAGCCAGGUCGCGAAAAUCCUACAACUGUUCAAGGAGGAUGCCUUUGCGGUGCAGCUUAUUCGGGCAGAGUUCAGCGAAUACGACGUCGCUGGAGCGCUAAAGAAGUUCAUCCGGGACAUUCCGAAUUCGUUCUUUGGAAGCUACUCGAUCAGUUUCGUCAGUAUUACCAGCCUGAAGUCUGCCAAGGACAAGAUCGAUUCCUACAAGGAAUUGCUCUCGCGUCUACCCAAUGUCGAGUACCACGCGUUGAAAAAGUUGAUCGGUCACUUGAGCUUCAUUGCGUCGCUGGAGAGACACAACAAGAUGGGCGUUCCAAACCUGGCCAUGAUCUGGGGAUCAACGCUAAUGGCGAACUCCACACAGAAUCAGGAAGCCGAACAGUAUACGUACUGUCAGGAGGAAGCGGACGUGGUAGCGGACUUGAUCAAGCUGUACAAAAAUCUGUUCACGAUCACUCCGGAGGAGGUCAAGAAGGAGCAGCUGAUGCUGAAAGUGUUGCAGAAAUAUCACGCCGCAGCGGAAAACCUCUCCGAUACGGUGAAGGACUCCGGCGAUUUGAAGGUCUGGAUCGCGAUCGAGUGCGACGAGGGAAGCAGCAAGGCGGCGAGUGAGGAGAAAACGCAGAUCAACGUUACGAUCACCCCGACCAAAACGGCGUCGGAUAUUUGCAAGGAGCUUGCCGCGAAGACGCCAUUCCAGUGGUACAAAUUGACCUUGUACGAAGUGAUUGGGGACGGUUCGUUGAUUCGACCCGUGCACUACAGCGAGAAGGCGUUGGAGAUCGUGCUGAGGUGGACCUACUGGAACGACGCGGAUCGGAAGAACAACUACCUGUCGAUAAGGCAGACCACCACGUUGAACGACGUCUACCGACACAUCCAGAAGUCUCCGCUCUUAACGCCUACCACCGAGCUGAAAUUCGCCGAUCGGAAAACGAAGACCCUGCGGAGCUACAAGCUGCAGCUGAUCGGGAAGGAGAUCGUUGUGCUGAAAAGGGUCGACAAGAAGGAUAAGGGUCUGUACGAGGAGCUGACGAAGAUCGAUCUCGGCAAGGUCCAAGCCUAUAUCGGGAGGGAAGCCAAGCGGGAUCAGUCGAGUCUCCGGUGGGCGAUCACUCUGGUGGAGCAUGAUUUUAAGAAGAGGACACGCGACGCCCCCUUCAUCGGCCAUCUGUUCGGAGGAGUGGAUUUCAACGAUCAAGUCCUGUGGUAUUCCAGCAUCCUGUACAGUCUACACAGGGAUGACAUCCUGCCGAGUAGCGAUUUGUUCUUCUAGCCAAUAAAUAGCCAAUAUUUACACGAGAGUAUUUUCAUGUUCGUAGAUUUAAACCAGUUUUACAAUUUAGCCAUGAAUAAAUUUUCUAAGCAGGGACCUUCUUCAAAGGGUCGAUUAUUUUUCCUAA